CCGACACACGGAGCGUUGGAGGCGGAUUGUUGUUGAAACAGCGCUAAUAGAGCCGGACAGCGGGUCUCGGGCUGGACUCUGAGCAGCUGAGCUCAGGUCUGCGGUCAGCAGAGCGAUGAGGAGCUCACUUUAUAGAGACCUGAGCGCUGAGGAGGAGAUUCUCCCUCAGCGCUGAUGUUUCUCGUCACCACCUGAUCGUGUCCAGAUUUGGAACCGCUCUGUAAGUUGACGCUGGACAGUCCAGCUGGUUCAGCCACCAUAAGAGCGCUAGUUUCGCUCUGAGGGUCUUUCUUUCUGUCCAGGAUGACGAAAAAGAAGAGAAGGAUGGAGCUUCAUCCGUCUGGAGCCCCGAGCAGCGAGGCGGGGGGAUCUACUGUCUCUAUGGAGGAGCCUGUAAAUCAGAGAGGGGCUCAGAAUCACUGGACUGAGGGGGCUUCAUCUGAGGAGACCCUGACCCUGAAGGAAGAGGAGGAGGAGGAGGAAGAGGAAGAGGAGGAGGAAUGUCAGGACAUAAAGCCCACCUUUCUCCCUAAAAUGGAGCCAAAACAAUACCAAGACAAAGGUAGUGGAGGCCAGGAGGGUCAGAACGGUUUGCCAGUAGUUAUUAAAACAGAACAAGGUCAUCCAGAAGAAAGCAGUUCCUUUGUACACAGUGGUGAAGACCAGCACGUCCUUCAGCGGUCUAAGAAUGUGUCCAGCCUGUCAUGUGAACCUCCAUCAAUCUCUCAGGAGACAUGGGAGAACCAGCACACACCCAAGGAAGACAUAUGCAACUCAUUAGUCAUUAUUAAAAUGGAACCAGAUGAACAAGAACUCAAUUCCAGUGGCAGCCAUUGUGUCCUUCAUGAGCCAAAGAGGGUGUCCAACCUGCUCGUUGUCUGUAAAACUGAACCAGGCUCUGCUUACAGUGAUGAAGAGCCACUGCAUAAUUGUGGAAGUGAUCUAAAUACUUCAGGAAUCUCAGGAUACAACGUCCUCUCUCUUAUCCCUAAAAUGGAACCGCUGCCCACAUCAGUAGAGCACCAAGAAGAUGAUGGUGGAGACGAAUUUGAUAGUAACAACCAGCACACAAUCGAAGAGGAUGUACACAGUUCACUAGAUAUUAUUAAAAUGGAACCAGACGAACAAGAACUGAGUUCCAGUGGUGAAAACCAUGUCCUUCAUGAGCUGGAGGAGGUGUCCAACCUGCCACCCGUCUGUAAAACUGAACCGAACUCUCUGGGAAUGCCUUACCCUGUGUACAGUGAUGAAGAGCCACGGCAUGAAAACAGUGAAAAAGAGGAAAAUGGGGGUUUUAAUACUUCAGCUGAGUGCAACCAGCCGUCCGGUGAAGAACACAAAGGACUGAAGUCAUAUUCUUGUUCCGAGUGCGGGAGAACCUUCUCUCAGUCGUCCUCCUUUUACAGACACAUGAGAAUCCACACUGGCGAGAGGCCGUUCCAGUGUUCUCAGUGCAAUAAGACUUUCAUUCAGUCAAAUACAUUCAAAAUCCACCAGAGAAUUCAUACCGGAGAAAAGCCUUACAAGUGCUCGGACUGUGGGAAGAACUUCAGACGCUUGGAUAACCUGAGGAUCCAUCAGAGAGCUCAUACCGGGGAGAAGCCAUACAAGUGUUCUCACUGUCCGAAGACUUUUACACGCUUAGAUAUCCUACAGAACCAUGAGAGAAUACAUACAGGAGAGAAGCCGUAUCAGUGUUCUCACUGCUCUAAGACUUUCACACGGUCCAGCGUCUAUCAGGUCCAUCAGAGAACACACACAGGAGAGAGGCCUUACAAGUGCUCCAUCUGUGGGAGGCAGUUUUUAGACCUUUCAAAUCUUAGAAACCAUGAAAGGACACAUACAAAGAAAAGGCCGCACCACUGCUCAAAUCGCUUCAGUUUGGAGGAACCAGUGAGUGACAGCUGGAGUCUCCGCCCCCCUCCCCGCUCACCACAACCACGUGACCGCGCUCCCGGAACUAUUUCACCACGGUGGCUCUCGGCUUCUGGUUCACCAGCGGCGUUUAUCGGUCUCUAUGGCUACGUUACUGCGCGACGUCAUCACGGAGAUGCGCGCGCAACUAGGGGGCAACUGUCAGCGAUGACGAGGAGCUGCUGCGCGGUGAACUGCACCAACCGCAGCCAGGACGGCUGGAGGAUGUUUAACAUCCCGAGGGGAUCACACCCCUUUGCCAAGAACCGCAGGAGGCUGUGGCUCCAGGCCAUCAGGAGGGCGGACUGGGGUCCUGAGGGUCCCAAAGGCAGCGCAAGUCUAUGCAGCACCCACUUCGUGUCCGGAGAACCUUCAAUGGACUGUGAUAGUCCAGAUUUUGUACCGUCCAUCUUUUCUCACAGCACCCGAGAUGGAACAGCAAAGACGGCAAGGAUGAAAAAGAAAAGGAUGGAGCUUCAUCCGUCUGGAGCCCCGAGCAGCGAGGCGGGCGGAUCUACUGUCUCUAUGGAGGAGCCUAUAAAUCAGAGAGGGGCUCAGAAUCACUGGACUGAGGGGGCUUCAUCUGAGGAGACCCUGACCCUGAAGGAAGAGGAGGAGGAAGAGGAAGAGGAGGAAUGUCAGGACAUAAAGCCCACCUUUCUUCCUAAAAUGGAACCAAUGCAACACCAAAACGAAGGUGAUGGAGGCCAGGAGGGUCUGAACGGUUUGUCGGUAGUUAUUAAAACAGAACCAGGUCAUCCAGAAGAAAGCAGUUCCUUUGUACACAGUGGUGAAGAUCAGGAUGUGUCCGGUCUGUCCCCUUUUUGUGAACUUCCAUCAAUUUCUGAGACAUGGGAGAACCAGCACACACUCGAGGAGGAUGUACGCAGUUCACUAAUUAUUAUUAAAGUGGAACCAGAUGAACAAGAACUGAGUUCCAGUGACAACUAUCAUGUCUUUCAUGAGCCGGAGGGGGUGUCCAGCCUGCCAACUGUCUAUAAAACUGAACGAGGCUCUGCUUACAGUGACAAAGAGCCACUGCAUAAUUAUGGAAAAGAGGACAAUGAGGGUCUUAAUACUCCAGCUGAGUGCAGCCAGCCGCCUGUGGAAGGACACAAAGGACUGAAGUCAUAUCCCUGUUCCGAGUGCGGGAGAACCUUCUCUCAGUCGUCCUCCUUUUACAGACACAUGAGAAUCCACACUGGCGAGAGGCCGUUCCAGUGCUCUCAGUGCAAUAAGACUUUCGUUCAGUCAAACACGUUCAAAAUCCACCAGAGAAUUCAUACUGGAGAAAAGCCUUACAAGUGCUCGGACUGCGGAAAGAACUUCAAGCGGUUAGAUAGUCUGAGGAUCCACCAGAGAACUCAUACCGGGGAGAAGCCGUACAAGUGUUCUCACUGUCCGAAGACCUUUACACGCUUAGACAUCCUACAGAACCACGAGAGAAUACAUACCGGAGAGAAGCCGUAUCAGUGUUCUCACUGCUCUAAGACUUUCACACGGUCCAGCGUCUAUCAGGUCCAUCAGAGAACGCACACAGGAGAGAGGCCUUACAAGUGCUCGGUGUGUGAAAAGCAGUUUCUAGACCUUUCGAAUCUCAGAAACCACCAGAGGAAACACACGGAAGAGAGGCCGUAUCGGUGCUCUCAGUGUGAUAGAACUUUCAUUCAGUUAGCUCACCUUACAAGCCACCGGAGAACACACACUGGAGAGAAACCCUAUCACUGUUCCAUCUGUGGAAAGAGCUACGGUGCGUCGUAUACACUUCUUUGCCAUCUGAGGAAACACAAGCUUUCUCCUGCAUCACCAUAGAUGAAGAGCUGUCACAAGAACCUUGUGCAUUUUCAUUUGAAAUGAAUAGACGGUAUCCCAGGAGACAUGAUAAGAUCAUGUGUUGAGGAUUUGGAGUGGGAUCUCACAGAGAACUGGCACCACUUUUAACUCUGACACCACAUUGGCAUUGACUUUAUUUACACUUCUACCUUUUUUGGUUUUCGAACAAUUGUUAGCAAUAAAAUAUAACAAUAUAUUUGUGUCUAUCAAUAUGUGUUGUACGUGCUGGGGUGCUAACACCCUGAGGUAUGCGCUCUUAAGAAAGAUGGUUCGUCAAAGGGUUCUUCGGUAAAGACAGUGGUUCUACGUAGAACCAUGAACACUGAAAGAGCCAUUUGCAUGCUUAACGGCAUUCUUUGCGUGGUGAAAUGGUGCAUCAGAUUAAUGGAGAACGUUCUGUAUAAAAGCUUUUUGAAAAAAGUUUUUUUGUCAUUAUAAGCUCAACAUCGUAACAUUAGCAGAACCAAUUUUGGUGCUAUAUAGAACCCUUUUCAAAUAGGUUCUGUAUAGAACCAUAU